GAUAGUCUUCUUACAUGUGUUAGUUGAACCUUUGAGAUAAAAGCAAAGGCAUGAGAAGAAACAUCCAAAAAAAAAGGUCACCCAAUCCCAUACUGUUCUUCUGAGAAACUUGUUCUUGUUCUCACACAUAGCUCUUGUUUCGUGUUCGCCAUUCUCGAGUCUUCACCAGCAUCUCCAUAUGCAGUGAGGGCCAAGAACAAGCUCCCUUCAUUCACACUUUGCAGUUCACCACUUGGAACAGUUUGAUUCAUGUUUGGCCGAAGAAGCAGUACGGUGGGAAGCAACUUUCAAAUUAUAAGCAUAUAAGAUGAAGUUUGGGAAAGAGCUUGUGUCCCAAAUGGUGCCGGAAUGGCAAGAUGCCUACAUGGAUUACAACUUUCUCAAGUCAAUCUUGAAGGAUGCCUUGCGCUGUCGACAGAUGAAUUCGUGGCCAUCCCCGAGAGCAUCGAUGACCACCUCGCAGGGCCCUUUGAAGAGAAGGGGGUCGCUCUACCGAGCAUUCAGCGGGCUGACAAGUCAGUACACCUGGAAUUCUCCCGGGAGAAGUAGUGAAGAUGAAGAAGUAAUACUAGUCAGUUCUGCUCAAGAGGAGGGAUCAGACCACGGGAGGUACCAGACGAUGUUUCUGAGGUUGUCUGACGAGGGAGGAGAGUAUGAUCUCUUGUUCUUCCGGAGGCUGGAUGACGAGUUCAACAAAGUUCUGUGCUUUUAUAAGAAGAAGGUAGAGGAAGUUGUAGCCGAGGCAGAUGAACUGAGCAAGCAGAUGAAUGCAUUGAUCGCUCUUCGCAUCAGGGUCGAGAAACCAGUCAUGGAAAAACCAAUACAGGGGACCAACACUAGCAUCGCUGCCAUCGAUAUUUUGCCAUCCUCAGCCUCGGUUUCUGUUAACAAUACAAGAUCAGGAUGGACGCAAAUGGGUGUCAUCCAAGAAGUUGAGAUGACUAGUGAGAAAAACAAUGAACCAAAAGAUAGAGAUGAUGGCACCGCAAAAGCUGCAGAUUCAGAUCAUAAGGCCAACAGAAGAGGUGCCAAUAGCUCUAACUUCAGAUCAGCUCCUAUUAGUAUCAAGGAACACGUGAAGGUCACUGUCCAACCUCAAAGUCCAGUAUUGGCUGCUAACGGAAUCCUGAUGAGUUCAAAUGGGGAUAUGUUGUUCACCAAGGCAGAGCUGAGGAAAGCAGAGGAAUUACUGACUGGAGCUUUCACAGAAUUCUACCAAAAGCUUCAAAUUCUAAAGAGCUACUGCUUCUUGAACCAACUAGCAUUCUCCAAAAUUAUGAAGAAGUACGACAAGAUCACUCGUCACAAUGCUUCAAAGUCUUACUUAAAGAUGGUGGAUGAUUCGUACCUUGGCAGCUCUGAUGAGGUUUCAAGGCUUAUGGAAAGAGUUGAAGCUGCAUUUAUUAAGCAUUUUGCUAAUGGAAACCGCCGUAAAGGGAUGCGAACCCUAAGACCGACAGCUAAGAGAGAGAAGCAUAGAAUUACGUUCUUUCUAGGUUGCUUUACUGGAUGCUCAUUGGCUCUUAUAGUGAGCAUUAUAGUGGCUGUACAUGCAAGAAAUCUCCUAAAAAGUGACGGGCGCCAAAAAUACAUGGAAACUAUAUUUCCCCUUUAUAGCUUGUUCGGAUUCAUUAUUUUGCAUAUGGCAAUGUAUGCCGCGGACAUAUACUUCUGGAGGCGCUACCGGAUCAAUUAUUCCUUUGUAUUUGGAUUCAAAAAGGGGACAGAACUGGGUUAUCGGGAGGUCCUCCUUCUUAGCUCCGGGCUCUCAGUGUUAAUGUUGGUUGGAGUUCUGUCUAAUCUUGAUAUGGAUAUGGACCCAAGAAUGGAAAGCUAUAAGACAUUGACAGAAUUAGUUCCACUCGGAUUGUUCGUGGUUGUGACUUGCAUAACAUUCUGCCCUUUCAACAUCAUGUACCGUUCGAGCCGCUUCUUCUUGAUUCAUUGUGCUUUUCAUUGUAUAUGUGCUCCAUUUUACAAGGUAACACUACCUGAUUUUUUCUUGGCAGAUCAACUCACCAGCCAGGUUCAGGCCUUUAGAAAUUUGGAGUUUUAUAUCUGUUACUAUGGUUGGGGAGACUUCAGAACUAGAUCAAACAAGUGUGAUGAAAGCAAACUCUACGAAGCAUUUUACUUCGUCGUUGCAGUUAUUCCAUAUGGGAUGCGUUUUCUUCAGUGCCUCCGGCGCCUGUACGACGAGGGAGACAUAAUGCAAGGGAUCAACGGCCUGAAGUACUUUUCAACCAUCAUUGCGGUUGUCAUGAGAACAGGUCAUGAUUUGAGAAGGGGGGUCACAUGGAAGAUCAUCGCAGCAGCUAGCUCAGGGGUUGCAACAGUUGCCAACACGUACUGGGAUCUUGUGAUUGAUUGGGGCCUCCUGAGGCGAAAUGCCAAGAACUCCUGGCUGAGAGAUAAACUCACAAUUCCAAACAGAAGCAUUUACUUCGUAGCCAUGGUACUGAAUGUCAUACUGAGACUUGCAUGGAUGCAGAACAUUUUAGGCUUUAGAGAAGCGCCAUUCCUACAUGGAAAGGCCUUGAUUGCAAUCGUUGCUAGCUUGGAAAUCAUCCGCCGUGGGAUUUGGAAUUUUUUUAGGUUGGAAAAUGAGCACUUGAAUAAUGUCGGCAAGUACCGGGCCUUCAAGUCAGUACCCCUUCCUUUCAACCAUGACUAAGACGACGAGAGUGCUCAAAACCACAUCGAGAUGGAAGAAUGGAAUAAGGAUGUCCGUUACUCCUGGCGUGUGAAAAACCAAACUUUGCCAGAGUUCUUUCACCAAUUUUUGAGAUGUACAAAGCAUUUCAGCGAAUAGAAGGAUAAUUAGUCAGGUAAAGCACCGGAGGACAUGAAUUUUGCAUAUCAACAAAGGGGAGAAAAAUACUUAUUGAAGCAUUAGCUAAA